UGCUCGACGCGCACGAUAGACAAACGAAACGAUAAACAGUGCGGGAACGCUGCACAGCGCAGAACGAUAUUCGAAAGUCGAACGAGUAGCACAUUUUUUGGCAGAAGUCUGCCAAACGGCAAUUAAUUAUUGGAGAGUGCUGCACAAGUGCAACUGCAGAUUAAAAAAAAGUGAACUGAAGGAAAUGUGUCUUCACAAGAUGGAACAUCGCGUGAUCGGAUUAGAAAGCAAUCAGCUGUUGGAAGGCGCAACGCUGAGUGAGUUAUGUGUUAUGCAAAAGAGGCAGGAAGUGAUCAAGGAAUGCCUGCUGGAGAAAGUGCCACCGGAAGGGAAGAAUGCAGCCAAAGAGGAAGUGCUCUACAAAGAUCCUCUGGUCGGUGCCACGCAAGCCACGCGGCAGGUGUUCGAUUCCAUUAGGGAGCUGCGAGAGAGAUUUCAAAGAAGUACCACCUACAAAAUCCUCACCCGCACCACGCAGCCAUCGCAUGCAAUCUCGAUGCUGUUCGUCUCCUUCAUCCUGCUGGUGCUGUGGCCCAACCUUGUAGGGCAAUCACCAAUCACUAGCAGUGAAGCUGCAGCGGAGGCUGGAGCCAAAAGCACCGCCUGUCCUGUGACGCAAACCAAAAGCGUUCUUGUGUCCCUGGCGUACUUUGGUUCCUUCGCGACACACUUCGGCGCCCAGAUGUGGAUGACCUUUGUGUCCGGUUUGGCCCUUUAUUUCAACCUGCCACGACACACCUUUGGUCGCAUCCAGGAAAUUCUGUUCCCCAAGUACUUCUCCAUGGGAACCGCGCUGAGCAUUGUGACUUUGCUGACCUUCAUCAAACUGCAACAGACGGCGCAUCCGGAGCUUCUGUCCGCCAGCAUCAGCAGCUGGGACCCUCUGAUCGUGCUCCAGCUCGUCAGUCUGGCGCUUUGUGCCGCCCUGGAGCUCAUUGUGUGGCUCUACCUGGCUCCUCCAAUGCUGCGCUUGAUGCACCAAAAGUACCACUUCGAAGCCAGUGAAACCGUCGGCCAGGAGGUCGGCCACUUCAGCGGAUCGGAAAACGUCCAGCUGAAACGCUCAAAUAACUACCAGAACGUGCACAAACGUUUCCGACAGAUCCACAUGAUCACGGCGAUGGCCAACAUGGUGUCCCUCUUGUGCACCUUUGUUCACCUACACUACCUUGCCUCGCGAGUUCAGCUGCUGUAGAGGGACACCGCCAUUUUGUUUUUCGGCGGAAUCUGACGAGAGAACUGUGAUAUUAGCGACAGAAAGGGACAAGUGUGUUGCGAAAGCCAAAGUAUUAAUGCGGAAAAUUCCAACCCUGGCGACGAGGAGCAGUAUUAAGUGGUGUUCUUUUCCGUUUGUAUGUUUAAAGCCUAGCGAUCAAAAUCAGAAUCAUCCGAGAGAGCAUCUAGUCGUUUUUAUUUCCUAGGCUAGUAGGGCAGAGAGAGAAAAAGGAACCAAUCAGGAGACUGAAGUCGAUUUCGAUUCGCACAGCCGGAGCUUAGCGGGCAACCAUAGCAAACUACUUCAGAUCCCAGGCGGCCGGCCGCGAAAAAGCACUGAAUUUUUGGAGAUUAUUGCAAAACUAGUUCCCUUUUAGUUUAAUAUAGAUUAGCUGUUAAGCCAUUUUACGAUUCACGAUAUUCAUCAGCAAUGGUCGAAAAAAUUUCCGUGUCGGAUACCGAAACAGGGUAGAUCAACUAAGGAAUUCAGAUCUGAAGUAGUGUUCGUUAAGAGAUAGAAAUAACAAUAGUUUAGUCAAAUAAUGCAAAUUGCCAUUAAAAAGCAAAUAUUUAUUGUUGCGACAUCCUGUUAGAUCAUAAGUUGUUGAAAACAACGAAAAUUACACUAGGUAGAAAACACGAAUUUAUAAGUGAAAAUUGGUACUCCCGCAUAGGAGGGCACCGUCACAGUCUGAGGGUGCGACGGUCAUGUGCCGCGCACCAUUCACAUGAGAAUAAAUUAGAAAAGCAAUAAUUCGCAUUGAA